UAUUUCGAUUUUCGAUUCGCAACUUCACAAGUCCAGUCGAGCCGACGAAAGUGGAGCUUGUUUUCAAUUCCGCAAGUUGAAUUUUCUGCCUCCAACAGCAUAAACGGCUUGAUAAGAACCAUGGCUUGCGAAGAUGAUGUCGUAAAAAUUCAAAAGAAGCUGAACAAAAUCGUCUCUGGGGAAAAAUCGGAUCAUCCUUUGGAGCUCCUCAAAGCCCUGCAAAAACUGCCAGUUACAUUGGACAUCUUAACACGAACGAGAAUAGGAAUGACGGUAAACGCUUUGAGGAAAAACAGCUCAGACGAUGAUGUUAUAAGCCUCGCCAAAUCCCUGAUUAAAAGCUGGAAGAAGUUCCUCACUAAUUCGCCUUCAGGAAAGGACAAGGAAAUGAGUGGAGGUGGUUCAGCCAAAAAACCAGAGAAAUUGGAAAGCAAACCAGCUAAGCCCCCCAUUAAGGAAGAGAAAAAGGAGAAGGCACCUGUUCAGACGACAUUCCCACAAGUGUCUGCCACCACAGAUUCCGUCCGGCUCAAGUGUAGGGAAAUGCUGGCCACUGCUAUCAAAGGAACUGGCGAAUACCCAGAAGGCUGUCAGUCAGCAGAGAGCCUUGGUGAAGAACUUGAGGAGGCUAUUUAUGCGGAUAUCAAGAAUACCGACAUGCGUUACAAGAACAGAGUUCGCAGUCGCGUGCAAAACCUAAAGGACGUAAAGAACCCCGAGCUGAGGACAAAUUUUAUUUGUGGUGCAAUUCCAGCCCAAAAGCUAGCAAUCAUGACUGCUGAGGAGAUGGCCAGCAAUGAGAUGAAGUUUUUGAGGGAUAGGUUCAAAAAAGAGGCUAUCAAUGAUGCCCAGCUAGCUCAGGUGGAAGGUACAAAGACUGACUUGCUCAAGUGUGGAAAAUGCGGAAAGAGAAACUGCACAUACAAUCAGAUGCAAACAAGAAGUGCUGAUGAGCCGAUGACCACUUUUGUCCUGUGUAAUGAAUGCGGCAACAGGUGGAAGUUCUGCUAAGGUAAAAUUUCCCAAGUUUCAUUUCGAGACCAUUAUUUUCCCAAGUUUUUUAGUUGUUUUUGUUUUGUUUUAUGAAGAAACAAAAUUUUCAAGCUUAAUUUUAAGUAUUGAAUUAAAUUAUCCCCCCUCCCCUGCCGCCAUUGUGUAAAAAGGACCAAAAGUGAAACUAAUCUCCAGUUAUUAAAAUAUUGAUCGUUUGGUCAUUACCAAAACUUAGAAACACGACAAAUAAGAAUUUACAAUUAAUUUUUUUUUCCACUUUGGGAAAUUGAAUUAUUCCCUGCUUUUAUAAAACUCAUCUAUGUACUGUAGGAUGUUGUUUCUUUAUUAUUAAGUGACAUUAAAAUCAUGAUGUUUUAAUCAGAGAAAAGUAAUUGUAAAAAUUGUGUUGUUUUAUUGAAACAACAAUAAAAUUUCAAUCUUCUGCUGACAA